GCUGGGGUCCUGCGGUUUGCGGUGUCGCAGGGCCUGGUGCCCCAGUCGGCGGCCUCGUUCCCACCGCGUGAGUAUGCCAAGCUGCGCAUGGCGAUCCAACUCAACGGCUUCAGGUUUAACCUCGAUGCCAAAGAGGGAGACUUUGGCUAUGACAAGGGGGAAGCCCUCUUCGACAGGAUCAGUCGUUUGAAUCAUUCUUGUCAGCCGAACGUGGAGUUUAACCUCACCUGGGAUAAUUCGCGUGGGAACGUGGUGAACACCAUCACUGCCAUCUGUGACAUCUCCGAGGGUGAGGAGCUCAAUAUCUCGUACCUUCCCCUCCGGCUGUGCCUUGACGUGGAGGAACGGCGACGACAGCUCCUGGAGCAUUGGGAGUUUGUGUGCCGCUGCCCUCGCUGCGAGGCUGAGGGUGGUCCGCCGAAGCCGACAGAGCCCAGGCCGGCCCGUGUCCCACUCGUGGCCCACACAGACCAGGCUCCCAAAGUGGAUGGCGACUCCUCUUCCGAGGGCAUCGGCUUCGACGACUUGCGAGAUCCGGACGAUGAGUGA